UUCCAAAAAUGGCUGCUUACUCGAGUAAAAAAUCCGAGGCUUUCAAGCUAGACUUCGAGUCUUCAGAUCAUAACCAACCAUCAAAGUGGAAACAAUGAUACUUGGACGAAACAGUACUUCCAUUUCGAACCCGCUUGCAACGACUACUGCUGUGAAGUGGUAUAUGGAAACGGAUGAUAGCCAGUAAGUGAAGCUCAAAGAACAUUUUCGCCGACAAGCUAUAACACCAAGCUCCUCUGACCUCUCUCAGAAUAUGUCUAGAAGCAAAAAAGACGUGUCUGGAAGCGCGCAAAGACUUGCUAGAACUAGUUGGAGAUGAUUUCGACAGCAGGUAUGCAUUGGAAUGUACAACCAAUGCAAAAGAGCUAGUAGGGUUCGUCAAGUUCUACCAGGAGAGAAUGGAACUUGAAAAUUCGGACCCCGGCUUCCGAAGACAACUUCUAAAUCGGGUGAAGACUUUCUGUGAGUUUGCAGACAAAAUCACUCAGAUUAUUGCUGUCAUGGUACCCCAAGAUCCAAAAUUUACAAUACCGUACGGAUGUCUUGCACUACUAUUCAAAGCAGUUACAUGGAGUAAGGAACGGAAGGAUAAGCUUGAUGCAUUUCUUGUCGAAAUUGUGGAAGUUCUGCCCAUCGCUGAAGCAUACGCUGAACUAUACAAUACCCGCCAAAUCAAGGAAGAGGUUAUCUCAAUGUAAGCACACCAUGAUUUGUAAGGCCUAGAUUUUGACUUUUGUAGGUAUGUAACAGUUCUCAAGUUCUUGGCGAAAGCGACAAUGCACUGCCGCCGGAAUAACUUGAGUAUGUCUCAUUGCUCACUUGCUAUCUCUGCUACACUGAGAACUCUAUAGAGAAGGCAGUGGAUGGCCUAUUUAAGCCAACGAGCAAUCCCUUGGAGACCUUAUGACACGGAUCAAGCAGUGUUCAGCUCGAUUGCACCAUUUCCAGGCAUUGGCAAGCGCAGUCCAACAAGAUGAAACUUUGAAAUCAGUCAAAGGUAUUAGCGGAAGUAUGAAAUAGCCACUGUGUGUCUCGGAACAAGCACAAAAUACCUGACACGACCAUAGCUCUCGCAAUUGUGCGUCAGGAAGUGGAACUCAUAUCCCAAGAAAUGUUUGCCAAAAUCGACCAAGUUGAGAAACUGUGGAUGAACUAUCAAGAGCAGGCCAAAAGUAUAGUCACCCACAAUUUCACACGAUACCGAAGCUAAUAUGGCCUAGGAGAUCGCAUGUUAAUCGCCUACCGCGAACUCUCCACAUUAUCCACCCUCCUUUUACCCUCCUCAAAACCAUGGGUCUCGGAGCUGCAUGCUGCCCGAACCCAAAACCCAGAGAUAUCACAAAGAUCCAAAUGGUAAAUGUUGAGCGUUAUCGACGACCUAUCCCUCUGGACCAGAACCGUUGACGACAAGCCUCUACUCUGGCUCAGUGUCAUAGCCGGCAACCAAGGAACCUGGGUAACUCAAAUGAUAACAGAAUACCAAGCCUCCUUCAAAAAAGGGGAAGUACCCCUCAUUUGCGUCUUCGCAGGUGUCUACAGAAACGAGCAAUUAACCGCAAGAUCCCUCGUCUGUCUCCUCAUAAUCCGCAUCAUGGAAUAUUUCCCAAAGGUCGUUUUCGAGAUACCGGAUUUGCUCAAUACACGAGUAUUAGCCCAGGCGGCCGAUCCCGAGCUUUGGGAGAUUCUCGAAGUGAUGAUUCGGGGUUAA